CGGUGCUGGAGCGUGUCCGGAGCUGGGCCGAGGAGCUGCUGAAGGGUGCAGAGAGGGAGUCCUGUGAGGAGCGGCUGAGAGAGCUGAGGGUGCUCAGCCCGGAGGAAAGGCAGCUCAGGGGAGACCCUGUCACUCUCUACAGCUGCCCGAAAGGAGAUUGUCACCAGCUGGGGGCCGGCCUCUUCUCCCAGCCCUUGCAGCGGCCUCGGAAGCAUGCGGCUGUGGCACCGGGGGCCCUGAAGAGCGCCUGGCUGGCAGAGGAAUGCUCCGCUGGGCAGUGCACUUGGAAGGGGGCCCACGCAGGGUGAACCACGCGGCCGUGGCUGUGGGCCACAAGGUCUAUUCCUUCGGCGGCUACUGCUCGGGAGAGGACUAUGAGACCCUGCGGCAGAUCGACGUGCACGUGUUCAACGCAGUGUCUCUACGCUGGAUCAAGCUGCCUCCAGUGUGGACAAACAGCCGAGACCACGUGAGGGAGGUGCCCUACAUGAGGUAUGGGCACUCGGCCGUGCUCAUCGACGACACCGUCUACAUCUGGGGCGGCCGCAACGACACCGAGGGAGCCUGCAACGUGCUCUAUGCCUUUGAUGUCAACACACACAAGUGGUUCACACCAAAGGUCUCUGGAAUGGUCCCAGGGGCAAGAGAUGGGCACUCAGCCUGUGUCCUGGCAAAGAGCAUGUUUAUCUUUGGAGGCUAUGAACAGCUGGCUGACUGCUUUUCAAAUGAUAUCCAUAAAUUGGACACCACAAACAUGAUGUGGACCUUAAUCUCUGCCAAGGGUACUCCAGCUCGCUGGAGAGACUUUCAUUCAGCUACCAUCAUUGGAACAAAGAUGUACGUGUUUGGGGGCAGAGCUGAUCGCUUUGGGCCCUUUCACUCUAAUAACGAGAUCUACUGUAACAGAAUCAAAGUGUUUGAUACAGAAACCAACUCCUGGCUGGAGUCCCCUCACACCCCCGUGCUCCCUGAGGGCAGGAGGAGCCAUUCAGCCUUCAGCUACAACGGGGAGCUCUAUGUAUUUGGUGGCUACAAUGCACGCCUGAACAGACACUUCCAUGACCUCUGGAAAUUCAAUCCAGUUUCUCUUUCCUGGAGGAAGAUUGAGCCCAAGGGGAAGGGGCCGUGUCCCCGGCGCCGGCAGUGCUGCUGCAGAGUGGGGGACAGAAUCAUCCUCUUUGGAGGUACCAGCCCAUCUCCAGAGGAGGGAAUGGGUGAUGAAUUUGACCUGAUGGAUCACUCGGAUCUCUACAUCCUCGACUUCAGCCCCAGUCUGAAGACGUUGUGUAAGCUAGCAGUGAUUCAGUACAGCCUGGACCAGUCCUGCCUUCCCCACGACAUCAGAUGGGAGCUCUCAGCCAUGACAACCAACAGCACCAUCAGCCGCCCCAUUGUCUCCAACCAGGGCUGAAGAGAACUUGUCCUUCCACCACCCUGCCCUCACCCCUCCACAUGCUGACCUCUUGCUCCACUGCCUGCAUGAAUUUUUAGCCCUUUCAAG